UUAGACAUGGCUGUUCAGAAGUCUGUCUGCUUGUGGAAAAACUAACCCUAACCCUAACCCAGACUUCCUGAGUCUGGAUGUUCUGACCUGAAUACUUCUUAGCCUUUUCCCAGAUGGGAGGGGCUUAAACCAGUUGUAAGAUGGGUGAGAGGGGUCCUGGUGAGUACACUCUCAUUGACACAUUUGUAGAAACCAGUGAGGAUGGAGGGAGGCAUGCCAACUCUUCAACCUUCUUAGAAAAUACAGGCAUUGUUGGACUUUCUUUACUGAGGAGGAGGUGUUCAGUGACCGUGUCCAGUCAUUGGUGAUGUGUACGCCAAGGAACUUGAAGGUCUGUGUUGUUUCAAGUAUCAUCUGUUUUGUCUUGUUUACAUUCGAUGGAAGAUCAUUAUUGCUGAUGAGCCUCACAACUGUGGUGUCAUCUGCAAACUUUAUGAUGCUCUUACACACCAUCAUGAGUCAGCAGGGUAUAUAACAGUGGGCUCAGUACACAGCCCUGUGGUGCACCGGUGCUCGGUGUGAUGGUACGGGAGGUCUGUGUGUUGACAAGUAUCCAGUUGCACAUUCUGUACAGUUGUGUGCUUCCAAAUUUGUGGCAACAGUUUGUGGAAGAACCACGUAUGGGUGUAAUGAUGUGAUGGUGUGUAUAUCUAUAAUUAUAUUCAGACUAUGAUCUUAUAGGGGGAAAACACAAUAAGAAAUGUUACUGUUCUUUUGUUAACUUUAGUUUGUGUUUACAGGUACAAUGAUGCGUGUCUUGCUUCUGGCUCUGCUGCUCACUCAGGUUUGCUGUGGUAUGAACCUAGACACCGACUGGAUAUCCUGGAAAACUGAAUUCAAUAAAAACUACAACAGUGUGUGGGAGGAAGCAUACAGGAGAACAAUUUGGGAGCAGAAACUUUUGAAAGUGAUGAAGCACAAUGAAGAAGCUGCAGCAGGACUACACACCUUUACCAUUGGGAUCAAUCACCUUUCAGACAUGACAGCAGAAGAAGUCAGCGCUAAACUGAAUGGUCUGAGGGUGGAGAAUUUUCCUCCUCAGGAUGCUAAUGAGAAUUUCACCUUUCUGAAUGAUUUCCCCCUCCCUCCCAGUGUGAACUGGACUGAGGAUGGAUUUGUCACCCCUGUCCAGAACCAGGGUGAAUGCAACUCAUGUUGGGCAUUCACUGCAGUUGGAGCUUUAGAAGCUCAAAUGAAGAAAAAGAAGGGACGGCUGGUUCCUCUGAGUGUUCAGAACCUGGUGGACUGCAGUGACAAAGAAGGAAACUAUGGCUGCCUUGGAGGACUCAUGACUAAUGCCUUUAAUUACAUUAUAAACCACAGGGGAAUCGGCAAGGCUGCUGAUUACCCUUAUGUAAAAAAGAACGGGACAUGCCAUGACACUCAUAAAUAUGGGCAUUGUUCUGGAUUCUGGGUUCUUCAACGUCAUAAUGAGUUCGAGCUGCAGAAGGUGGUGGCUAACAUUGGACCGGUUGCAGUGGGAAUUAAUGCUGACCUGGAUUCAUUUCACCAAUACAAGACUGGUAUUUAUAGUAACUAUUCGUGCCCAAGGCAUCCAUUGAAUCAUGCUGUUCUGGUGGUUGGAUAUGGAAAAGAAGAAGGGCAGCAAUACUGGCUGAUCAAAAACAGUUGGGGUACUGAUUGGGGAGAGGGGGGCUAUAUUCGAAUGGAGCGAAACAAGAAUCGGUGUGGAAUUGGCGGCUAUAGUGUUGUCCCCAUUGUCUGAACUUAUUUCUCUCAUAUCACCUUUUAAUCUGUUUUUCUUUUCUUGCUAUUAUCGACUAAUUCGUAAGUUUGAGUUUCUCUUAUGUAUUUUAGCAUCUGGUGGUCAUAAUGAAAAAAAACAUUUCUGUUUUUGGAAUGAAUGAAAUCCAGAGUUGCUUAUAUUGUAUACUUAUAUUGUUUACAAUUAUAUUGUAAUCCAUUCGUCA